CGAAUUUUUUCAAACUGUUGUGCGUUGAUGUACUUUUGAGUUUUUGCGUGUAUGAGUUGCUUCUGUGACUUGCUCUGUCUUUUUUUUCUAAUCUGUACAUGGCCCAUUCAAUGUAUUAACUAUAUAUUUAUUCAUACACACAUAGAGUACAAGAUUUUUAUUAUAAAUGUACAUAUAUAAGUAUAUAUAAAGAAGUAUAUGUAAAGUUUAGAGCAUUCUUCUGGAUUUCUUGAGGGGGAAAUAUUUUGCCGGCUUUUCUGCCAUUUAUUGUGUGUUGGGCAGCUAGUUUCGAGUUCUUUUUCAUCUGUCUUUCUUGUUUUGAAAUCUUCAAGACUUAUCCCAAAAGCCCAUUUGUGUGUGUGUGUUUGUGUGUGAGAGAGAGAGAGACAGAGGGCUCUGGAAGAAGAGAUCUCAGGGAAACAAUCAAGGACCGGGUCACGGCACCAUUCUUUAUUACAGUUGUUUUUGUAAAAGAUAUAUAGUUUUCUUCCACAAAUAUUGCCAGAAUGGCAGGAAGAUCCUCCAGGCCUUCUGAUUCACAACUUGGCAGAGGUUCGGGUCCUCCGACGGUGACCUUUUCCAGGAGGACAUCAUCGGGUCGAUAUGUCAACUUGUCAAGGGACAGUCUUGACAGUGACAUUAACAGCAUUGAGUUUGCCGAGUACACGGUGCAUAUACCACCAACACCUGAUAAUCAGCCCAUGGAUCCUGCAAUGUCAAUGAGGAUUGAACCUCCUCCGAUCUCACAGAGGGUGGAGGAGCAGUAUGUAUCCAGUUCUUUGUUUACGGGUGGGUUUAAUAGCGUUACUCGUGCACAUUUGAUGGAUAAGGUGAUUGAGUCCGAGACAAACCAUCCUCAGAUGGCUGGGACAAAAGGGUCGUCGUGCGCUAUUCAGGGUUGUGAUGGAAAAGUGAUGAGUGACGAGAGGGGUCAAGAUAUUCUCCCUUGCGAGUGUGAUUUCAAAAUUUGCCGUGAUUGUUUCAUUGAUGCUGUGAAGACUGGUGAUGGAAUCUGUCCUGGUUGUAAAGAGCCUUACAAGAACACGGACUUGUCUGCGAAUGCGGUGGAGCCUGGCCAGCCGUUACCUCUGCCACCUACUGGUGGGAUGUCAAAGAUGGAGAGGAGAUUGUCGUUAAUGAAAUCGGCCAACAGGUCGGCAGUAGUGCGGAGCCACUCGGCGCUGAUGAGAAGUCAAACAGGGGUGGAUUUUGAUCAUAACCGGUGGUUGUUUGAGACCAAGGGGACAUAUGGAUAUGGAAAUGCGAUAUGGCCAAAGGAUGGAGGAUUCACGGACGAUAAAAGUGAUGAAUCAGGUGAACCCCCGGAACUUCUUAGCAAACCAUGGAGGCCACUGACCCGCAAAUUGAAGAUACCGGCUGCUGUGCUCAGUCCAUACAGACUCUUAAUUUUUGUCCGUAUGGCUGUUCUCGGACUAUUUCUGGCGUGGAGGAUCAGCCACCCUAACGAUGACGCUAGAUGGCUCUGGUUGAUGUCAGUCAUCUGUGAGAUUUGGUUUGCCUUCUCUUGGUUACUUGACCAGCUCCCAAAGUUCUUCCCCGUCAAUCGUGCUACCGAUCUUAACGUCUUGAAAGAAAAGUUUGAAACACCGACUCCCACGAAUCCAACUGGGAAAUCUGAUCUUCCAGGGGUCGAUGUAUUCGUCUCGACUGCUGAUCCAGAGAAAGAACCUCCUCUUGUUACCGCAAACACUAUUCUGUCCAUUCUUGCUGCUGAUUACCCUGUCGAGAAGCUUUCCUGUUAUGUUUCUGAUGAUGGAGGUGCACUCCUGACAUUUGAGGCCAUGGCAGAAGCGGCAAGUUUUGCUAACUUGUGGGUGCCAUUCUGUCGCAAACAUGAAAUUGAACCAAGAAAUCCGGAAACUUACUUUAGCCUGAAGAAAGAUCCCUUCAAGAACAAGGUGCGUCAGGAUUUUGUCAAGGAUCGUAGGAGGGUUAAGCGUGAGUAUGAUGAAUUCAAGGUUCGAAUCAAUGGUCUUCCUGAUUCAAUUCGUCGUCGUUCUGAUGCCUAUAAUGCUCGAGAAGAGAUCAAGGCCAUGAAGCUCCGGAGACAGACUGUUGAGGAUGAACCUUUGGAACCGUUAAAGGUUUCUAAAGCUACAUGGAUGGCAGACGGCACCCACUGGCCAGGCACUUGGACGGUUUCUGCUCCUGAACACUCUAGGGGUGACCAUGCUGGGAUCAUACAGGUAAUGUUGAAACCUCCGAGUGAUGAACCUCUGCAGGGAACUGCUGACAGCAGUCCACUUGAUUUUACCGAAGUCGACAUUCGGCUUCCCAUGCUUGUCUAUGUUUCUCGUGAAAAACGGCCUGGUUAUGAUCACAACAAGAAGGCUGGGGCAAUGAAUGCAUUGGUUCGAGCCUCAGCCAUCAUGUCCAACGGACCGUUCAUUCUGAAUCUCGACUGUGAUCACUACAUUUACAACUCGCAGGCAAUAAGAGAAGGCAUGUGUUUCAUGAUGGACCGUGGAGGGGACCGCAUUUGUUAUGUCCAGUUCCCUCAGCGAUUUGAGGGAAUAGAUCCCUCUGAUCGUUAUGCAAAUCACAACACCGUUUUCUUUGACGUCAACAUGCGUGCUCUUGAUGGGCUCCAGGGUCCAGUUUAUGUCGGCACAGGAUGCCUCUUCCGCCGGACUGCACUUUAUGGCUUCGACCCACCACGUUCCAAAGAACAUUCUGGUUGUUGCAGCUGCUGUUUCGCUCGUCGUAAGAAAAGUGCAUCAGUUUCUUCUGCGCCUGAAGAGCACCGAGCACUUAGAAUGGGAGAUGGUGAUGACGAUGAAAUGAACCCUUCUCUGUUCUCCAAAAGGUUUGGUAACUCAAGUUUCCUUAUUGAUUCCAUCCCAGUGGCAGAAUUCCAGGGCCGGCCACUUGCAGAUCACCCUGCGGUUAAGAAUGGACGCCCGCCAGGUGCUCUAACACUUCCUAGAGAACUCCUUGAUGCAUCAACUGUUGCCGAGGCAAUCAGUGUCAUCUCAUGCUGGUAUGAAGAUAAAACUGAGUGGGGCAAUCGGGUUGGGUGGAUAUACGGGUCUGUGACUGAAGACGUGGUGACGGGGUAUAGAAUGCACAAUCGGGGUUGGAAAUCUAUAUACUGUGUCACUAAGAGGGAUGCUUUCCGUGGGACUGCUCCGAUAAAUCUGACAGACAGGCUUCACCAAGUCCUCCGAUGGGCCACCGGUUCAGUCGAAAUCUUCUUCUCGCGUAACAAUGCUUUGCUGGCUAGUCCAAAGAUGAAGCUUCUACAAAGAGUUGCUUACCUUAAUGUCGGUAUCUAUCCCUUCACCUCCUUGUUCCUAAUCGUCUAUUGCUUCCUCCCGGCAUUGUCGCUUUUUUCUGGCCAAUUCAUCGUCAAGACUCUAAACGUCACGUUCCUCACCUACCUCCUUGUCAUCACUUUGACACUCUGCGCGCUUGCUGUGCUCGAAAUCAAGUGGUCUGGCAUUAACUUGGAGGAAUGGUGGCGAAACGAGCAGUUCUGGCUGAUCGGAGGCACGAGCGCUCAUCUUGCCGCUGUGCUCCAAGGGCUGCUGAAGGUGAUUGCAGGGAUAGAGAUCUCAUUUACUCUGACAUCAAAGUCAGCAGGUGACGACAAUGACGAUGAUUUUGCCGAUCUGUACUUGAUAAAAUGGACUUCCUUGAUGAUUCCUCCCAUCACUAUCAUGAUAACCAACCUAAUCGUUGGUUUUAGCAGGACAAUAUACAGUGCUAUACCACAGUGGAGCCGGCUACUCGGAGGUGUGUUCUUUAGCUUUUGGGUGUUGGCUCAUUUGUACCCAUUCGCAAAAGGGUUGAUGGGAAGACGGGGGCGGACACCGACCAUCGUGUUCGUGUGGUCAGGUCUCAUCGCGAUCACGAUUUCUCUCCUUUGGGUGGCGAUUUCUCCACCAUCUGGCAAUACUCAGAUUGGAGGCUCCUUCCAGUUUCCUUGACUUUUUCUGGACAUGGCCCUCUCAGCCGCUCCUUCAUCAUUCAAAAAAUGAACAGAAUUGGAUUUGUAGUAAAAGAUGAUGUGGGGGGUCUCCAUUUAGUAUUUGUUAUCAUCAUUUUUUGUAUCUUUUCUAUUUUCUUUUUACCGAUUAUUACAUGUUUAAGGCAAAAGACAACAAGAAGCUACAUACAUUCUUUGCGAUUCAUAGACUUUAGGUCGUACAAUACAGCUAAAUUCAUUCUCUA